AUGUCCCAUUAGCGUCCUUGGUUUGGCGUUUAGCAGCCUACGAAACAGCUGGUGCUAGGUCUCUACGUAGUACGAUAAAGCAGCCCCAGCAUUCAUGUCCGUUGAACGUCCAUAUUUAGUGUGUUCCGAAUGUCAUGCUCAAUCCGCGCUGUACUCGGGACUUGGUCUAGGGUCGCAAAUUCCAUGUGUACAUUAAUUGCCUAGUAGGGAAUUGAUCUGGCGUUGCAAAUUUCAUGUGUGCAUUAACUGCCUAUUGUGGCCCCGUCCAACAGCUGCCUGAUUCUCGCUCGUAUAAAUACAGCUUGUUGUCCAUACACGACAGUCAACUCCAGCACAACAUCCCAUCUUCAACAGGACCGUCUUCUAUUCUGAUUACAAGAUGCUGUCUGAUCUCCCCCUCGAACUCCAACAGCGAUGCGUCCGGAAUCUGGAUAUUGAAUCUCUCAAGUCAUUGCGUCUUGUCGGCCGUACAGCCCAUGCAAUAGCCACAGCAGAGCUGUUUUCCGUCAUUAAUGUAGUGGCAUUGAGGGGAUUUGAUCCGCCCCGGGACGAAUGGCAUGAAGCAUACGAGGAGAGCCAUCAAAGAUACAAGAACGUUCUCAAUGAUGCGAAGUUGAGGAAACUUGUGCGUCGAGCUGUGUUCAAGACAAUGAUUCCAGAAAGGCCAGAGGCCGCUGAAGCGGAGAUACCGGUCGGGUUCUCCUAUGCACUGGAGAACUUGUACCAGUUUGAAAACUUGAAAGAGGUGGUGGUGAACUUUUCAUCCGUUUGUGUCAUGAAACAACCGAAGUUCUGGUCAAUCCCCGAGACAGUCGAGUUUCGAACCCAAGUGCUUCAAGCGCUUGUGCGAGGCAUGGCAAACAGUAAAACCGCAGUAUCCAACGCACGUACUCUUACCAUAAACAACUUACAAGACUAUACCGAACAGGAGGUUUUCGACUCCCCUAGUUUUCAGGUCAUGAUCGGGCGACUCAAAGAUUUACAUGUCAAGAUCGCCACAGAAAGUAACGAUCACACGCCGGAGAACAAUAUCGAAAUGAAAGGGAUACACAAAGGGUUCAACCAUUGUCUCCCGAACGGAUGGUUGAAGCCAACACAGUCCCAACUUACGCGUCUUUCUAUCGAUUCUGCUUCGUAUUGGGGAUUUUAUCCUGUAUGCGACUUGCGCGGCAUCCACUUCCCCAAUCUUAGGGAUCUGUCAUUGGGCAGUUGGUCUAUCACACAUGACUGGCAAAUCGACUGGAUACUCUCGCAUGGCUCAACACUGGAGAAGUUGAACUUAGAUGACUGCCCAAUUGUGACUCAUCUUGUUGUUGAUGAGAGACAAAAGCCUGAAGAUUGGACUGGCCGACCGGUGCUGUACCACAAUUCCGUCCCAACCGACUUCAUGGUCGAGAUAUCUAUGCGCUGGUAUCACAUUUUCCCCCGCUUCCAACAAAGUUUACCUCGAUUGGUUCAAUUCGCCAUAGGUGGGAGUGGAAGUUCCAAGAAACGCCUAGGUAGUUUCUCUGAUUUGGUGCGCGAUCGAUAUGUGAUGUUCCAUUCUGGAAUGGGGCCUAGUCCGUGGAUGGAGGAAGAAUAUUACGAAGAAGGCUACGACGGCUUCGAAUUUUAUCCAGAUGGGGUAAUCGACGAGAACGAGGAACUGGAACUGACACGUUUUCCUGAUUGCGAUGAUCUGGAUACGAAAGCGUUUUAUGCACUGUUAAGUAUUGUUGAAGGUAGAGGAAGUGCGAAGCCGUAG